AUGGCUUAUAGGAAUGAUCACCUUUUCAACUACUGUUCAUCACUUUUCCCAUGUCAUCAACAAGACGAUUUUCAGGAAUUCAUCGAUCAAGCUCUAUACGAAUCAGAUGAAUUUCGUAUGUACGCUUACAAAAUAAAAAGGUGCUCAAAUCUCCGUAGUCAUGACUGGACUUGUUGCCCCUUUACACAUAGAGGGGAAAAAGCACGUCGUCGUGAUCCUAGAGAAUAUAACUAUUUACCAAUUCCUUGCCCUGGCUAUAAAUUUGCAUCGUGCAUAAAAGGAGAUAAUUGUGAAUUAUGCCAUGGAGUUUUUGAGUAUUGGUUACACCCAGCAAAAUAUAGAACCCAUCCAUGCCAUGCUGGCACGUUAUGUGACAGACGAGUAUGUUUUUUUGCUCAUACACUAGAAGAGCUUCGUCCUGAAAUUAACUAUAAUUGGUGUUAUGUGUAUCAAUACCCUUUGCACAUCCAACCUUACCCUGACAUUUUAAUUGAAGAUGUACCAAAGGGUAUUUGGAUUGUUAUUCCUUGUAAUUAUCAGUUGUCACCACCACAUGAUCAGUACUAUGGUACUAUAGUUUCUGAACCUGAAAAUUUGUUAACUUCUCAACAAAUUUCUCCUAUUUCGUCUCAAUCAAAAAUUGACCUUCAAAAUGAAAGUGAUUUUUCACUUUUUUCAACUAGCCAUUCUAAAUUAAUUGAGGAUUUGAAGAAUCUUGAGAUUGGGAGUACCUCUCAUGCUAAGGUGAAUAUAAUGGAUGAUGAAAAGGGAAAAAAGUCAGUGGAGUUUGAGUUUGAGUCAGAAGAUCAAGAAUUUCAAAACUUUAAUUGGGUAACUGACUUGUUGAUGGAUGAAUUAGAGGAUACAAGCUUGUAA